UCGUAAACAUGAACAGUAGCGACCGAGACUCCGGUAUUAUCGGAUGUCUCGAUCUAUUUAUUGAAGCGAUCCGUAUCAUCUGUGUUUACGUAUCUAAUUGAAUUAAAAAUGUCGAAAUCAAGACUGUUAAUACUAUUAUGUUUAGUAUUAAAUUCGUCUGAGAAAUCGACUCCUCAAGAUGAUCACUACGUGGGAGCUGUGGUGGAGUACUUAGUGACGGGGAAUGUGGCGACCAACCUCGUUAAUUAUGCCAACCUUAUUAAGGAAGCUGCUGAUCAGGGUGCUGAUAUUGUGGUGUUCCCUGAGCUGACGCUGACGAACAGCUCGACUUACUUCACGGUUCCAAUCUACGGCGCUCUGAAGAAUUACCCCAUACCAGCGCUCUAUCCUACUAUGUUUGAUGAGUUCAUGGUGGCCAUAUCAACGGCAGCGAGGGCCAAUCAGAUCUACGUGGUCAUCAACGGCCGCGAGAUGAUGGACUGUACAAUUCAGAAUACGGGAGAGAAUUGUCCUGAAGAGAAGUCUUAUAUGUUCAACACCAAUGUCGUGUUUGAUAGGACUGGCGCCGUUAUUGACAGGUUCCGUAAAAUAAACUUGUUCGGAGAGGCGUCUCACACGCCAGCCUUGAAACCUGACCUCGGGGUGUUCACCACAGACUUCGGCGUCACCUUCGGACACUUCAUCUGCUUUGACCUGAUGUUCCAAAUACCUGCUGUGCAGGUUGUGCAGAAGAUGAACAUUAAAGACGUCAUAUUCCCCACCAUGUGGUUCUCUGAACUUCCUUAUUUGACUGCUGUUCAAAUCCAGGAGGCGUAUGCUUACGCCCUCGAUGUCAAUUUCUUGGGAUCUGGAGCCAACAAUGUCAGAGUUGGUAGUGGAGGUUCUGGAAUAUAUUCCGGUAAAGCUGGUGCCCUGAUCAGUAUUAUGCCUGGAUUACCUACAACUAAAGUUCUUGUGGCGAAAGUGCCUAAAGUACCUGGUGAGGUGUCAGGGACAUACCCAGGUCCCAUCUACGAUGAUCCCUUCAACAUGAACAACAUGCGCCUGAUCGUCGACCCGUCCCUCGCGUCACACGUCACCAAGCUCUUAGAGCCAGGCACCCAGGAGUUCACGCUAGUAGACAAGGAUGUGUCUUGUACUUUUAGAGUCACGCUUUCUCAAAGGAAUAGUGAAAUUUAUUACAGAUACAGGGCUGGCGUGUUUAGCGGCGUGCGCUCGUACUCUGGCGUGGCAACUGGCGGUGUGAGGAUCUGUGGUGUCUACGCUUGCAGUGGUGAUGCUAGAGACACUUGUGGCUCAAGGUUCGCUCUUUACUUAGCAGACACGACCGCCAUCUUUGACGAGCUCACCAUUACAGCAACAAUGCCAACUCCCAGCCUAGAAGCCGACUUAGAUACCAAUGACUCCAUCGUCUAUCCAGUCUCUUCUACAAUCUACAUCAUGCCGUUAGAAUCCGAAGAAUAUUCUUAUACUUUCACCCCUAACAAUGAUGUUACUGUUCACACAAUGUCAUUGAAGAAUAAGAACGCUGAGUUGUAUGCGUUCGCUAUCUGGGGAAGACGGUUUGCGACUGACGGACAGGUGGAAGAUCCUCCUUUGCCAGAUGAUGAAACCACAACAGAAUCAACUUCAGAAGUGACUACACAGUCUUCAGAAGCAACAACAGUGUCAACGUCAGAAGCGACCACGACGACAGAAGCGACUGCCGACGCUUCUGUUGUACAUCUUCUGAGCCAUACGUUGUUGGUGAUGGCCGUAACUGUGAUUUGCUACUCACAGUUUUAGAAUGCUAUAAGUAUACGAAAGUCACACAAAUAUUUUACAAGCGAUAAAAAUAUAGCUACUGAUUUGUAGCUGCUUGCGUAUUUCAAAUUUAUUUGAUUUGAUUCAGCUGAAUUGUGUUCUUGUACCUAAUUGUAUUAGAGAUCACAAACUGUAUUGUGAAUGUGUCUAUCACAUUUAAAUAUUAGGCACCUAAACAAUUUGUAAAAAGUAUUAAUUUUAGGUUUAAUGUUAUGUGUACAUACUUAAGUACCUGCACAUUUUAAAUUAAUAAAAUAUUUAUCAACUGUAGCACGGUUCUUGUUUCCUUUUAAUAUUAUCUCGAUCUUGAGAGCAGUACUUUAAGAAUUUGUAAAAUUAUCGCGGCUGGUCAUUUAAAGAUAUGGUCGCAUGUGGUGUGUAUACUUAGUUACGAUAAGUGGACAAUAAACAUAUUUAUUUGAUGGCA